AUGUUCGGGAAGCUAGUUCAUUAUGCUGCAGAUGCCAUCCUUCUCUCGGCUGUGCUCGCUGGUAUCAAGAGAAGCACUGGCUUGACUGUGGCAAGGAACAAGAUUGAGAACAAGGAUGUCCGCUCGGCUGUCGACAAAUAUCUGGGUAUUGGAGAAUGGGUCAUGGAUCAAGGAAUCAGUUUCAUGUCCUCAUCAAAGUACUUUGAGCGCAAGCGGUAA